UUCAUAAGGAGAAGGCCUUAAUCUAUUUAUCCAUCUGCACAUUCAACAUGCUGCAACAAGAGCUGACCUUCAUUACCUUACUAAUGCUACUCUGCCAACAUGGUUUAGCAGAGGAACCAGCCAACUGUAGAGAAAUAAGCUGUGAAACAUUUGAAAUCUGUCAAUAUGAAAAGAGGACCAUCAGCUGUCCUAAGCAUCAUAAGAUUUCCGUUCACUAUGCCAACUAUGGAAGGACAGAUACGUCGGUUUGCCCUCAUUCUAAUGCUACUCUCACGCCUGCCAAUUGCUAUUCAGACCAGACCAGGAUCCUUCAACUUUUGUGUAAUGGAAGAAAUGGUUGCAACCUGUAUAUUUCAAGUUUAGUUUACCUCGAUCAGUGUCCUCACAUCUACAAAUAUUUGAAGGUGUUUUACACUUGCGAAGCACCAGGGUCAGGGUCAGGGUCAUCAUCCUCAUCCUCGUCGGAUGGCUAAUGAAAACAUCUACACAUCUCUAUUUCUGUGACCUUUUGAGUGAGGAGGAAAUGUAUUUAUCUGUUUUCUUCAUUAAGUAAAUUAAUUCAUAUACAAUGUUAUAUAACCAUUAGUAGAUAAGUAGAAUGUUAGCAAAAUAAUAUAAUAAUGUAGUAUUUGAACUGAUUGAUUUCUAGUUGCUUUGACAUUACUAUACAUUCACUAUUGACAUCAAAAUAAUAUUUCUAAUGCCUUAGAUUAGCAUUGCAUGAGUAAUUAAUCAGAAAUAUUUUCUAUUGUGCGUCAAACAACUAGACUUAAUUUUAUUAUAUUGUGAACUGGGUGUUAGGAGUUAUGCUACAUAUGUUAAAUAAAUUACU